CUCCCAUCUGCCGCCCGGUUGAUCUCCUGCCGAGCAACCUUCAUAUGUCCCACCUUACCGUUGAGCACGUCCUUCGUUGAACCACUCUCCUUCAUUGUUUUGCCGUCCAUCACGCCCUCCGUCGAAAACGCUCUAUUUCGAGCGUUGGAAAAGAACAAAAGCCCGUGAGGCAACCCUAGAGAGAGGAACUAUUGUUUGCUCAUUCACGAAAUUGAAAGCCUUUUAUCAACACGGAAUUUUAAUAAGCACGUCUAGUACAAAAUAUUAGAAGUCAAAGUAUUGCCUCAAUAAAAUAAUGGCUGCCCCUACAACCCAGUCACCCGCUCCGGUCCAAAGCCCUAAAGUGGGGUAAAUCUGAAAUUCAGAUUUCAUAAUCAACCAAUUUGAACCAAACCCGCUUGAGAGUUGAGGUCACAAGGAUUGGAACGAAACAUUGUACGUGAGUAGCUACCCAAUCGAAUCGAAUCGAGACGACUGCAGGAAACCAGGAGUUUGCUGCGCGUGAGUUCAGAAUUACCGCAUCCGGACACGAAGAGGGCGGCCGCAUACCAAGAAAACAAAAAUAAACUUUACGGGCUUGGUAUACUUUUAAAAUUGAUUGAGGAAAUUAAGUAUACCUUCGCUACUUCGGGUUUGUGAUUUUGGCUGUUUUCUUGCACUGAUUAUUGAGGCUACAACAAACAGGCUGUCAAUUACACGAGUUGGUGCCAAGAAUGGUUUCUGAAUUGAUUAAUGCUAAUCCUACUAUUUAUGAGAAGAAGGAACGUAGAGCUCGGUGUACACCAGUUGUUAAGGAUGAAUUUGCUGUGGAACCUAUUGACCAAGAAGAAAUAUUUGAUCAUCUUAGAGACAUAAAAGAUCCAGAGCAUCCUUAUUCUUUAGAAGAGCUGAAAGUUAUUACAGAAGAUGCCAUUGAAGUAGACGACAAUAGGAGUUUUGUUAGGGUAACAUUCACCCCAACUGUUGAGCAUUGCAGUAUGGCAACCAUCAUAGGAUUAUGCUUGCGGGUCAAACUCUUGCGCUGCUUGCCUUCUCGUUAUAAAGUUGAUAUUAGAAUUGCGCCAGGAGCACAUGUAUCUGAAGUUGCAGUAAAUAAACAAUUGAACGACAAGGAGAGAAUUGCUGCUGCUUUAGAAAGUCCUUACCUUGUAGACAUACUUGACGAGUGCCUUGCACCAUCUUAUCAAACUUGACAACUGAGCCUUGCUGCUGCUUAUGAAUAUAUAGGAGAAUUGUACUUACUCUUUGGUACUUUGCUACAGACUAUACACUGCACAUCUUUGAUGCCUUCCUGUCUCAAGCUCCCUUUUCUAAAGUCUCAUCUUAAUCUUAUUACUGUCAUCGAUUUUUUGAAAAGGGUUCAGUAUUUUGUAUCUUUAUGUUAAAAAAUGUCAAAGUUCAUAGCAUUUUUUUCUGUGGUUAAUAAACAAAACCAAACAAGGAACAAUUUGUAUAUUGUUUAGAAAUUCC